UAUAAGGAAAUCAGAUCAAAAAUAGAGGAGAAGGAAAUUACUCUGCCGUAAAUUACUCUACCAGCCCAGAGUAUAUGCUACAACAUGAUUUUUCCCAUAGAAUCGUUGACAAAUUGACGGCCUCGUCUCCUCUUCUCCUGGUCGUCCUCCCAGAACCUUCCCUUUUUCUCUGAAAUCUCCAUCUAUCCCAGGCUCCCAACGGUGAGCCAUCUAAGUCGCCCUCCGUGGUGACCGUCCCAGCACGGGGCUGCGGCAAAGGCGAGGUAGGCCACAGCGACGAGGCGGGCCGCGAGCCAGUACCAUAUGGCAGGGAGCAGGACCGCACCGAUGACCAGGCAAAACUGCCGACGUUUAGGGAACUAAGUAUGUAACAGCAAAUCUCUUUUUCCCUAAAGUAGUUACCAUUCGUUUGGCCAUAAGGAAAUGGGGUAAAAGUGAAAAUAAGCUUAUACAAAAAAUGUCAGAGGAAAUGAAGGAUAAAUUUGAGAAGUAUUGGAAAGAUAUACAUGGUCUUAUGGCAGUUGCAACAGUCCUUGAUUCAAGGUACAAACUUCAUUUUCUCAAUGCUCUAUAUGGUCCUCUUUACGGAAGACAUCAUGCAUCCAAAGAAAUAGAGAAAGUGAGGGAGUUAAUGUUUGACUUGGUAAAGCAAUACCAAGAUAAAGCAAAAUGUGAGGAUACAUGGGAUGCUUCUGCUACUUCAAUCCCAUCUGGAGAAGAGGAUGAAGCCAUGAAACUCUUGGAUCUUUAUAUGUCCAAUCGUGUCGUUACACCUUCUUCUUCUUCGUCGUCCCAUACAGAAUUGGAAUUGUAUUUGGAAGAAGCUCCUCUGCCUAGAACACCAGACCUGGACAUCAUUGAUUGGUGGAAGGUUGGGGGCGUCAAGUAUCCUACCUUACAGAAACUUGCUCGUGAUAUAUUGCCUAUUCCUAUAACAUCCGUUGCUUCAGAAUGUGCAUUCAGUACUAGUGGUAGAGUUCUUAGUGCACACCGUAGUAGACUUACUCCUAAUGUGUCUGAAGCUCUCAUAUGCAUGCAAGCUUGGUCUCGUGCUGAUCUAUUAGGUGGCUGGAAUUCCACUCUCUUUGCAACAUUUCAAAGUGUUCUUGAGGACAAUGAAGAAGAGAUGGAUGAAUCUACUUCAAUUAUCACUCAAGAAUGAAGACCUGGAGCUACUGGUUGGCGGCCGCGAUAGAAAGCACAUUUGUUAUUUAAUAAAAUCAUGUUUCAAGAUUUGGAGAUGUACUUUUUUGUUUUACAUAAUUCUGCACUGCUAUUAUUGGCUACUCAUGUAAUAAGGUUAUUUACUGUUGCGUGUGAUUGUCCGACCAUUGGUUUUGCGAACAGUCAGAUUAUUUACUUAAGCGUGUGAUUGUCAUCAGUCAGCUUGUUAAUUGUGAAUUGAGAUAAUUAAUUUAUUUUGUUA